AUUAUUCCCGGUUUUUUUUUUUCCUGUGUUUGACGGUUGUUUCUUUUUUUUUUUUUUUCAAAAAAAAAGACCUUCAACAAAUCCAGCGCGCGUUUUUGACAAAACAGCGUCAUCAAACAACCGUUCGUUCGUUCGCUUUGGUGCCUCUCAACUCGCCCUUCCCAUCUGUUCCGACACCCAACAACAUCCAAAGGCAAAUCGACACCUCUAUCAAUUGUUCUCAACUCCAAAAACAAAAAAACAGCCAUGAGCGCGCCGCCAGUUCCAGGAGAACAAGUGAUGCAGCAGACGGCCGAGCACAUGCCACCAGCUGUGGCCCCGAUGAUGGUCGUCGCCCCGCCGCAGCCUGGACAGCCACACGACGAGGAGGCGUAUCGCAUGCGCAGACACGAGGAGCUCCAGCAGCCAGUCAUGUACCAGUCGCCCCUUCAGCAGAGCGUCCAGCCCCCACCGUUGCAAGCAGCUCAACAACAGCAGCAGCAACAGCAACAACAGCAACAGCAGUCAGGCGCUGCUGCUGCUGGUGGCCAAUCGCAAACCUUCCACAAGCUCAAAGUGGAGGACGCGCUGUCGUACCUGGACCAGGUCAAGCUCCAAUUCAUCAACCAGAUGCAAGUCUACAACCAGUUCCUCGACAUUAUGAAGGACUUCAAAUCGCAGAGCAUCGACACGCCCGGCGUCAUUCUGCGCGUUUCCACCCUCUUUGAGGGCCACCCGGACUUGAUUAGCGGCUUCAACACCUUCCUCCCGCCGGGCUACAAGAUUGAGGCGUCGUUGGAAGGAGCCGUCACCGUCCACCAACCGGGCGAUCGCGGUCCGCAGCAGAUCUAUCCCGGGCAGUUGCAGCACCUCUUGCCGCGCGUCCCGACACCGCCUACACCUGCCCAACAGGCGCAGGCCCAACAGGCGCAGGCGGCUGUCCAGCAAGCGGCUCGCAAGCAACCCGUCGAGUUCAAUCACGCCAUCAACUAUGUCAACAAGAUCAAAACGCGCUUUUCGCAGCAGCCCGAGACGUACAAGGCCUUCCUUGAGAUUCUGCAAACCUACCAAAAGGAGCAACGCACCAUCAAAGAGGUCUACGCCCAAGUCGCCAACUUGUUUGUGUCGCAGCCUGACUUGCUGAACGAGUUUUCCCAGUUUUUGCCAGAGGCUGUGCCGAUUGCCCAGCAAGCACAACAAGCACAGCAGCAACAGCAACAGCAGCAACAGCAACAGCAGCAGCAAGCAGACGGCGUCAAUGCGGCUCAUAACGCGGCUGCGGCUGCCAUGAGCGCGAUGCCUGCUCCAGCCCAUCUCGACGGCGGCGGCAAGGCUCCCGUCAUGCGCAACAUGGUCCCCGGUCCAUCGGGCCCUGUCCCUAUGGACUCGCAGUCCAAGGGCGGCAAGCUUGCCAAGACGACUCGCCGUGGUGCUGCGCCGGCCGGCCCUGCUGCUGCUCCUGCACCCACCCCCGCCGGCAACCGUCCGCCCUCGCAGCAGCAACCCACGCCGCCACCGCCCCAGGUGCAACCGCACCCCAUGUAUAUGCAGCCCGGUCCGGUGCCCUCCAACGCGCCCAUGCACCCCAUGGCGAUGCAACAAGUGGGCAUGCAGCCGCAAGCCAUGUACCCGCAGCACCCGUAUGGCCACCCGAUGCCUCAGGCGCCCGGGCAGCCCCAGCAGCAGUCCCAGCAACAACAACCGCCACAGCAACAGCAGCAACAGCAACAACAACAACAACAACAACAACAACAGCAACAACAGCAGCAGCAACAACAGCAGCAACAACAACAGCAGCAGCAGCAGCAGACGGCUGGUGGUGCCGCGGCUCUUGGGAAAAAGAACAAGAACAAGGGCAAGGACGGCCCGCAGGCCGGCUAUGGCCAAGCAGAUGUCUACCAGCAAAAGAUGGCCACGUUUGGUGCGCCUCCGACCGGCGCGCCCUCGUCGAUGGGUCAGAACUCUGGGGAGGAGUUGGUCUUUUUCGAGCGCGUCAAGAAGGCGUUGAACAAUCAGCAGGUCUACGAGAACUUUUUGCGCAUUCUCAACAUGUUCACCAACGACCAAAUGAGCCGAAACGAGCUCGUCAUUGCGGUGCAGGGCAUCCUUGGCAAGCACGCGGAUCUGUUUGAGUGGUUCAAGUCCUUCCUCGGCUUCCCGCUCAACGAGCAGACAGUGUUGCCGCAUCACAUGGGCCCGAUGGGGUUGAUGCAACCCGGCGUCCACCACGCGGCGAUGAGUGGACCCAUGGGUCCGAUCGGCAUGGCUCCCCCGAUGAACUCGGCCUCCGCCGCCGCUGCAGCGGCUGCUGCUGCGGGCGCUGCGGGUGGCCAUCCGGGCAUGAUGAUGGGAAUGCCAUCACAGCCAGGACAAGCAGGCCCGCAUCAUCAUCAUCAGCAGCAGCAGCCGCCCAUGUCGCAAGCGCAAGCCCAGCAGCACCAGAUGGAGCCGACGCCGUGGCAACCGGUCGACUUUAACAAGUGCAAGCGCCUGGGACACAGCUAUCGCGCGCUCCCGAACGAUUUCAUUCUGCCUCGCUGCACUGGCCGCACCGAGUUGUGCGAGUCUGUGCUCAACGAUCAGUGGGUGUCCUUCCCAACCUGGUCGGAAGAUACGGUCUUUGCGUCGUCACGCAAGAACGUUCACGAGGAAGCCUUGUAUCGCGUCGAGGACGAACGGUUUGAGUUGGACAUGGUGAUUGAGGCCAAUCUCGCCACGAUUCGAGUGCUCGAGCCAAUUGCGAAGCGCAUUUCCAGUCUGUCCCGCGAAGACGCCGCCAAACUGCGUCUGCACAAGAAUCUCGGCGGGCAGUCCGAAGUGAUUCAUCUCAAGGCCAUCCAGCGCCUGUAUGGCGAGCGUUCUGGCGAGGUGGUUCAAGCCCUCAAGAAAAACCCUGCCGUGGCCGUGCCGGUGGUGCUUCGUCGUCUCAAGCAAAAGGACGAAGAGUGGCGCCGCGUGCAGCGCGAGUGGAACAAGAUUUGGCGCGACGUCCACGAGCAAAACCGUCUUCGCUCGCUCGACCAUCAAGGCCUCACAUUCAAACAGACAGACAAGAAGGCGAUCGGCAGUCGCGCGCUCCAGCAAGAAAUGGAGACGGCACUCAACGAAGCCAAGACUCGCGCGCGCAGCUCUGUCGUUGGUCGCUCGGCGCCUUCGUCUGCUUCGACAGCCAGCAAUGGGGACGCUUCUGCUUCUGCUGCUACUGCUGCUGCUGCUGCUGCUUCAACCACGAGCAAGACGAAUGGUGACGCGGGAUCACACGCAACCCCCCUCACUCCCGCGGAAAUCCUCGCCGCGCCCCAUCUCAAGUUCUCACUUCCAUACGACACCUUGUUCAACGAGGUUGCCAAUCUCCUGUCCUACUACCUCAAGAACAUUGCUCCCGCCACCAACAAUACCGACAAGGAGCGUGUCGAGCCGCAACUGCCGGCAUUCUUGUCUGAUUUUUUCGCCCGCGAGCCAGUCACGCCCGACCCGCUGUUUACCACCGCUGUGACGGAUAUUUCCACUGGACCUAGUCCCCAACAAGUGUCGACGACCUCGAGUGCAGAGCCCGCCGGCAUGGACACGGCUCCAGAUCGCGCUGCAGGAGCGGAAGGGGACGGCUCAGCUGCUGCUGCUGCUGCUGCUACCAGGCCAACCGUCAAGCCCUCGUGGGCUGCCAAGAUUCUUCCUCCAACGGACACGAGCGUGCGAACAUUCUACGCCAACCUCCCCUGGUUCUUGUUCUUCCGAUUGCUUGCGACGCUGGUGGAGCGUUUGGGCAAGCUGCGUCAGCAUGCCGAGUCGCUUGCUACCGCCUACCUGACCGCUGGCGGGGACAAGACCAUGGAUCCCGAGAUUGCCUGCAAAUUGAACGUCAAGGUGGCCCUCGACUACCAGCCGCACAUGUACUGGAGUGCGUUCAUCAAGCUCCUCCGCUCCAUGCUCGAGAAUGAGAUUGACCUGACGACCUUUGAGGACUUGUGUCGCGAGAUGUUCACGACCAGUGCCUACCCCGUGUUUACCAUUGACAAGCUGCUGCAAACAGUGGCACGCCAGUUGGUGGUCGGCUUUACCGACGAUACUGGGUCGCGACUCCUCCAACUCUACCAAACAGAGCGCAGUCGUGUCUCAACUAGCAAAGUCACGGACGAUGCGUACGCCAACGCUGCCUCCGGGCUGAUUGAAGACGCGUGUUACCGAGUGACCUAUGUAUGUUUCACACUGAAGGUUUUGUGUGGAGGUUGA